CGUUCUGUUCACACAUGUAUUAUGCUCGGUAUUCUAUUGAACAGUUGCAUAAAGAAGCGGUUGCCGAAAGCCUCAUACAGUCACAACAACCGAGAUGAGUUAUUUCUCUUAGAAGAGGAAUAUUGUGCAAGCAGGAUGACAGGUCGUCGACGGUAUAUUCACACAUCUCUGAGGAAUCUGAGCAUGUUCCGUGUGCUGUAGAGUGAGAGGAGCAUGAUUACAAGAGAAAUGUGACACAACCGCGCUCCCUCCGCUUCACUUGGGAAUGGAUUAAUGUAAAAGACUUAAUCCUUCCUAAAGGUUACAUCUUGUCAGGGUGGGAAUGCAAAACGGUGGCUGGUAAAGAGCACCCUGCCUCUCAGAUAUGUCCAGGCGGGGGCUUCCUCUGCAGGGGCGGGCGCGCUGGCUUGUCCUGGGGAUAUUUUUGCUUUUGGUACUGCUGCUGUUUGCUUACCUGCUGGAGUGCACGCCGCCUGCGGAUGUAAGCCAGGUGCUGCCUGGCCUGGGAGGAGAUCCGUAUGGAAAGGAGUAUUACCAGGCCCUCCUGCAGGAGCAGGAAGAGCGGCAUAUCAGCCGAGCGGCCAGCCUCAAGAGACAGAUCGCGCAGCUCAAACAAGAACUCCAAGAGAUGAGCGAGAAACUGAGGGUAUUUCAAGAAAAAAGGGAGGGUCCCGGACCGCAGAGCCUGAUUGAUGGCAGAGAUCAAGAGCCUGGUGACCUCUUGGAGUACUUGCACUCACAAAUCGACAAGGCAGAGGUGAACACGGGAGCGAGGCUGCCGAGCGAGUAUGCACUGGUGCCCUUCGAGAGCUUCACCACCACAAAAGUGUACCAGCUGGAAAUGGGCCUGACGCGCCAUCCUGAGGAGAAGCCUGUGCGGAAGGACAGGAGGGAUGAGCUGGUGGAGGUGAUAGAAGCAGGUUUGGAUAUUAUUAAUAACCCAGAGGAAGGUGACGGACAGGAGGACAACAUCCCCAUGCAGAGGCAGACGUUCACUGAAAGCCAUUUUUUUGAAGGACUCUACAGGACCGAGCGGGACAAAGGCACGCUGUAUGAGCUCUACUUCGCUAAAGAGAAUUCCCACGAGUACCGUCACGUCACCCUCUUUCGUCCGUUCGGGCCCCUCAUGAAAGUGAGGAGCACGUCUGUAGACACCGCCAGCACCGUCAUUAACAUCAUAGUGCCGCUGUCAGGCCGCACUGAAGCCUUUGUUCAGUUCUUGCACAACUUCAGGGAGGUUUGUAUACAGCAGGACAAGCGGGUGCAUCUCACAGUGGUGUAUUUUGGGCAGACGGGCUUGCAGGAGGUGAAGGCAUCUCUGAGGAAAAUGUCCAGUGAGGAAAACUUCAGUAACUACACUCUGAUCCCUGUGGAUGAGGAGUUUUCGCGUGGCCGUGGUCUGGACAUUGGAGCUCACACGUGGGAGAAGGGGGAUGAUGUGUUGAUGUUCUUCUGUGAUGUUGACAUCUACUUCACACUGGAAUUUCUUAGCACCUGUCGUCUCAAUACAGCUCCAGGAAAACGAGUUUUCUACCCGGUGGUUUUCAGUUUGUACAAUCCAUCUAUAGUUUACGGAAAUCUUGAGUUUCCGCCCCCCAUUGAGAAUCUGCUGAUUCAUAAAAAAGAUGCCGGAUUCUGGAGGGAUUUUGGAUUUGGCAUGACUUGUCAGUAUCGCUCUGACUUCCUCAGCAUUGGAGGAUUUGAUCUGGAAGUGAAAGGCUGGGGUGUAGAAGAUGUGCACUUGUACAGGAAGUAUCUACGGAGUGAUCAGAUUGUGAUCCGCACGCCUGUAUCAGGCCUCUUCCACCUGUGGCAUGAGAAGCUCUGCGCAGAUGAACUGACCCCAGAACAGUACCGCAUGUGCAUCCAGUCCAAGGCCAUGAAUGAGGCAUCACACUCUCACCUGGGCAUGCUGGUGUUCAGGGAGGAGAUCGAGACUCACCUUCAAAAGCAGGCCUACAAAACCCAGAGCAGACCAGUAGAAUGAAUUGACUACAGAAUCAACAAUACAGAGCACAACUUUGUUGACAUAGCAAUGAAGAAAUGGGUCAAACAAACAUUUUUGGUAUUAUUUGAACUAAGUCCACUCUAAAUAAUAAUCUAUGGAUUACUGAAGACCUUAUGACAGCAAAAAAA